AUGGAAACGGGGAGGUUUGAGGCGUGGGAGUACAUCGACCCAGGCUCAGUAAGAGAUUAUGUCGACCAGGGCAUCAACCUUUUGGUAUUCAACUAUCGGGGUGUCAAUGAGAGCACUUGGGCCCCUGUGUUUGGAAGCCAAGUAUUGGGAGAGUUGAUUGGAAGAUACACGACGAUUGAGCGCGAUGGCAUCGUCCUGGACUGCAUGAGUGUGAUACAGUAUGUCGUGAAGGGGCUGGGAGUGAAGGAGGAUAAAGUUCUUCUUCUGGGUCACUCCAUCGGAGGAGCUUUCAGUCUCCAGGCUUCUGUCAAGCAUCAUCCGAGGGAGCAUGCUGCCGAAUUUCUUGGAGUUUCGCCGACGUCGUGGAUUGGAAAGUUCCUCAAGUGGUUGGGAGGAACGCUCGUUCACGUGACUGGCUGGGAGCUCAACUCCGUUGAAGUUUGGCACAAGACAAAUGGUUUCAAAUGGAUUGAAUUUUGCAAGAAAGAUCACAUCAUUCCUGUCAAGACAUCUUUAUAUGAAGCAGCUGGCGGAGUCGAGUCGAACAGGGUGCUGGAGCUUGAGUCUCUGCGUGGGGACAAUCAUAACAGAGCCUUGACCAUCAUGGAACUUCGAGAGCACCUUGCUCUCGUCGAAACAGCGCUCAGUUUACCUGGAACGAGCAAGCAGGGCUGA